UGGCAAGAAACGAGACACUACUAGCCUAUUACUCCUCCCCUCCCACGCAAAGUUGCUGCUUUCUUCCUUUCUCACACUUUUACUAUGUUCUGUAACCAGCAUAAAGUUUUCCUCAUCAUCCAUGACGCUGGCCGUUGAUGGAACGAAGAGGUCGCUAGACCGCCUAUAAAGCACAAUUGGGACAUCAAUGCCUGUGAAUCUUUUUAAAUCUCUUGAUUUUGGUUAGAUGAAAUAUGCGAUGUCCGCGGGUGAGCCGGGUUCUUUCUCUACUCCAUUCUGUUUUGUUUUUGGCAACAAGCCAUGCCGAGUUCUCGCUGCCUGGCAGCCUCCUCUCUCCCGAUGCAGAAUCAGGUCGCUUUCUCCAGUCCCAGUCAGAUGUGUCCGUGGUCCAUCCAGUCAAAGUUUUCAGAGCUGGACAGUUUCUCUCCCACUCUCUGGCACACCGCUUUAAGCACGGGAGGCAUAAGCGAGACUUGGGGCCUUUGGAGGAACGUGUUUAUUAUAAGGUGAACUACAAGGGUCGUGAUUUGGUUUUCAAUUUAACAGUCAACAACUAUUUGGUGUCGAACGAUUAUAUUCUGGAGAGACGAAAUGGGAGUGUGAACCGGACUGAGCACCGUACCACAGGUGAGAACGCGUGUCACCUGAUCGGCACGGUGACGGAUUCUACUAAUGCACGCGGGACAGCCGCCAUCAGCACCUGUGAAGGCUUGAAAGGUUUGUUUACCUUGCCUGAGGGACCGCACUUCAUUGAACCAGUCCAGGGGUCAACUGAUGGUGCUGUGGAGCGGGAGGGACCAGAGCCCCAUGUGGUCUACCCCAGCAUUACAACGGCAAUGCAAAGACACAAACGCAGCUCUGAGGCCCUGGACACACCGAGCCCCUGUGGGGUCAAAGAUGUGGCACGUGAUUCCCUAGUGGUGGAAAGAGAGAGGGAGGACUGGGAGAGGGAGCAGCAGGAGGAGGAUAGGGCUCAGCAUCGCUCCCAACGCUCCGUCAGCAGAGAGAGGUGGGUAGAGACCAUGGUGGUGGCAGACUCUGAACUGAUUGAAUACCACGGCAGUGACAACGUAGAGUCUUACGUCUUCACCAUCAUGAACAUGGUGGCAGGGAUCUUCCAUGAUGCCAGUAUAGGGAAUGCCAUCCACAUCAUCCUGGUCCGUCUGAUCCUCCUGCAGGGAGAGGAGAAAGGGCUGAAGAUCGUCCACCAUGCAGACACCAGUCUGGCCAGUUUCUGUGCCUGGCAGAAGAACCUCAACCCACAGAGUGACACACAUCCUGCUCAUCAUGACGUGGCCGUGCUGGUCACCAGGAAGGACAUUUGUGCAGGGCUGAAUCAGCCAUGUGAGACCCUUGGUCUGUCCCACCUGUCAGGGAUGUGCCAGCCUCACCGCAGCUGCAACAUCAACGAAGACUCAGGAUUACCUGUAGCCUUCACCAUCGCACACGAGCUGGGACACAGCUUUGGGAUCCACCAUGAUGGCCAGGGGAACGACUGUGAGAUGGAGGGCAGACACCCCUUCAUCAUGUCCAGACAGCUCAUGUACGACACCUCCCCCCUUACCUGGUCCUCCUGCUCCAAAGACUACAUCACACGCUUCCUAGAUCGUGGUUGGGGCUUCUGUCUGGACGACCGUCCCUCAAAGAAGGACCUGACCACGCCACUGGCCCGUCUCGGGAUUCGCUACACCACACAGCACCAAUGCCAACUACAGUACGGCCCCAAUGCCACCUACUGUCACGAGAUCGACAAUGUGUGCCAGAUCCUGUGGUGUUCAGUGAAUGGGUCCUGUCGCUCUAAACUGGACUCCCCCAUAGAUGGUACUCGCUGUGGCCCUGAGAAGUGGUGUAUCUCGGGGGAGUGUGUGAUCGUAGGGAAGCUACCAGAGACAGUGAAUGGGAACUGGGGACAGUGGAGUAGCUGGUCUCACUGUUCCAGGACCUGUGGAGCUGGGGUGCAGUCUGCUGACAGGGAGUGUGACCACCCCAAACCAGAGUUUGGUGGGAGGUACUGUACUGGUGAGAGGAGGCGUUACCGUAUCUGUAACACCAAACCAUGUCAAAAAGCCAAACCUACCUUCAGAGAGAUGCUGUGUAGUGAAUUUGACACGGUACCCUACCAGAACGAACUGUACGAAUGGGUCCCUGUGGCGAGCCCAUCGAGUCCGUGCGAGCUGCACUGUCGUCCAGUGAGUGAACAUUUCUCUGAGAAGAUGCUGGAUGCUGUGACAGACGGAACUCCCUGCUUCAUGAACAACAACUCCAGGAGCAUCUGUGUCAAUGGAGUGUGCAAGGAGGUGGGCUGUGACUAUGGUAUAGACUCUAACGCUGUAGAGGAUCAGUGUGGAGUGUGUCUGGGCGAUGGUUCAUCAUGUGAGACUGUCCAGAUGACGUUUGAUGGCGGGGAUGGUUUCGGCUACGUGGAUGUGGGAGUGAUCCCAGAGGGGGCUCGUGACAUUGUUGUCCAGGAAGUGGAGGAGGCGGGGAACUUCCUGGCUCUGCGGGGUCAGAUGUCAGAGGAGUACUUCCUGAAUGGCCAGUACAUCAUCCAAUGGAACGGGGAGUACAAGGCAGGCGGAGCCACCUUCUACUAUGAACGCAGUGGGAACCUGGAGAACCUUACCUCCUCUGGACCCACCAAACAACCAGUCAUGAUCCAGUUGCUUUACCAGGAGAAGAACCCAGGUAUAAAGUAUGAGUACACCAUCAAGAGGAGUCGCCAGACAGGAAAUGAGGUAAUCAAGUCGGAGUACAGGUGGAGGCAUGGGGCAUGGACAGACUGCAGCACCACAUGUGGGCUAGGUGAGCAGCAGCAGCCUGUCAGGUGUUUUGAGCUGGAGGUGGGUGUGGUAGAUGAGUCUCUGUGUGACCCAGAGAGCCGCCCGGAGGACAGACACCGCAAGUGCAAGAACAUGGACUGCCCCGUCAGGUGGUGGGUGGGGGGCUGGCAGCUGUGCUCUGCCACCUGUGGUUCAGAAGGGGUGAGGAAGCGCACAGUGAUGUGUGUUCGCACGGUGGCAGGGGAGGAGAGGGUCCUCCACCCUGGGGACUGUAAACAGCUGCUCAAACCCAAACCUGUGGUGCCCUGCAACAGAGACCUGCCCUGUGGACCCGACUGGGCCGUGGGCAGCUGGAGCGCGUGCCCAGUAACAUGUGGUGGUAGUGUGCGCUCCCGGACGGUCACCUGCCUGACCGCACCCAAACGAAAGUGUGACAUAGAAACCAUGCCUCGCUCCAAGUCUCUAUGUGCCCUGCUGAGCUGCCCAAGCGCAGGCCUCCGACGACGUCCGGGACCACCCCCUAAAUACCGGCGUGUCUACCCGCCCAAGAGACACCCCACCAGGCAGCCGGUUACACACGCCUGGGGUCCCAGAAGCACCAGCCCCACCGCUACACCCAGAACCAUCACUGUGACUGAGAGAACUACAACCCCCAUCACCACCUCUACAACCAGGCCCCUCCCACCAUCCUCCACAGCUUCUGACAUCAUCGACGUAGAUGACUAUGAGUUGAACCUGAUAGUGGGGAAGAAUGGGAGUGUAGAGGAUAAGAACGUUUUUUUUAUUACGACCAGUCCUACUGAAGAGGUGUACAGAGAGAGGGACAUGAGAGAAAAAGAGGAAGAAGAGAUACAGGAGGAGGGGAGUACAUCUGGUGUUGUGUUUUCAGACUCGGGGGUGAGGUACACCCCGGGGUAUGACUAUGUAGUGGAGGACGUCAUGACAACAGGGAAGGAGGGGCUUAUAGAUUUUGACAUUUUUACCACGGCAACUUCUCUCAGGACUCCCAACCAAUCACCAGCCACUGUGACCACCACCAGGUUACACCCUACAACUACACCACACACAAGUGUCCUAACAACGUCACUUACAACCCCACACACAACCAGAGUACUCCGCACUACCUCCCCCUCAACCCCACAAACCAGCGCUGGACGCAGGGCCGUGACCACCCGCCACUACCCCCUCACUCGCCCCAAAACCACCCCUUUCAUCAACCCUUCCAUCCAACGGACAACCAGGGUGCCCCACACCACCCCACCCCUGGCACAGACAGCGGGGGUGAGGAGUACACCCAAAGCCCCUUACCACAGUAAACAAGCACUGUAUCCCACAACAGAAGGCACUUUCCACACUAGAGAUGCCCCCUACUCCACUAGCCCAUCAUCAGAGGCCCCCCACCCCACUUCCAGGAUCAUUAAGCUGAAGAAGCCCAGUGAGAACCCAAAGAAUGGCAGCUCUGCCCCCCGUUCUAAAAAGCCAGGCCUACUGGCUAAGAAACCUGCCUCACGUUUUAAAGGCCCCUCCCCUCGUUCAAAAGGCAAAGGUCAGAACCAGAAACCAGAAAGUCCCGUAGUGACCUUCACCAGUGACUAUGGCUACCUGAACGCCCAGGAGCCAAUCAGCAUGGAUGUGUUCUGGGUGGUGGGUAACUGGAGUGAGUGUUCUAUGUCAUGUGGCCUGGGGGCAGUGUGGAGGCCAGUGCUGUGUAGCUCCCAGCAGGAAUCGGACUGUGCCAACCUGGAGAGACCGGAACCAGCUCGCACCUGCCACCUGCGGCCCUGUGCCACCUGGCUGAGUGGCAACUGGAGCAAGUGUCCAGAGCGAUGUGAGGUGGUGGGAAGGAGGCAGCGUGAGGUGCAGUGUGUGGAUGGGCAGAAGGGACGUCCACUGAGACCAUUCCACUGCCAAGCCCUUUCCUCCAGACCCCCCAGCACCCUGUCCUGUCAUCCCCAACCCUGCCAGCCCUGGAGAACUUCCCCCUGGGGACAGUGUUCUCGUAGCUGUGGUGGUGGAUUGUGGGAGCGGCUGGUGUACUGCCCUGAGCCGCAGCGCUGUAGCGCCACCCAGAGGCCAAACGACACAGAGACCUGCAACCUGCAGCCCUGCAGCUACUGGGACCCGCAGGACUGGGAGAAGUGCUCUGUGAGUUGUGGCGGGGGGAUGCAGCAUCGCGUGGUGCCGUGUGUCGUUGAGGACUCUAGCUCUGUGGAGAACAGUCUCUGUGACCAGAGAAACAGGCCUGACACAAUCAGGACAUGCAACUUGCAGGAGUGUAAGACUAACACAGGUCUGCUGUGUAGGAAGAACAGCAUGUCGUCUCGGUUCUGUGACAAGUUGAAGCUGCUGGGCCGCUGCUCCCUCAGGUCCAUCCAGAAACAGUGCUGUGUCACCUGUAGAGGGUAAACUCUGACCCGCACUAUACCCACCUCAUGGACCCCUCUCAUACAAAAUACACACAUACACAUCUUCCACACUGCGAUCCUAUUGGUGGAUUUCAUCUCUAGUGCAAUCAGCCAACAGCAGCCUUUUCACCAUCACCAUCAUAAUAACCCCCACAAACUGUCGUUAUCUUCUUUGGGCAGAAAUUCAUGGAGCUAUGGUACUGUGUACUGCUGCUGUGUGCAGUUUGUCUUAGCCAGUCUUGCACCUUCCCAGCUCUUCCAGGGUAUCAGGCCUCCAGCUGCCUCUAAAGAGUUAGUUAUGUCAACUUCUCUCCAAUAUCCCACCUGCUUUCCAAUACUGAUGAAUGUAAACUCAGAAUGUCUACCUGUGUAAUCGGCUGCCAUGUUGUUUUCUAUUCAACGUUCCCCCACCACAGAAAUGAUAAUGACAUCCGGUAACACUGUGUUUACAUCCCCCUUUCAGCUGGUAUUUGCCUGGUAUUUACAAAGACAUUAGGAGGUGACAAUGGGUAUUUUCUGAUACUUAAUGAAUCCCCAAAACAAACAAAUUAGUAAUGAUAAGAUAACUAUUAUGUCAUCAACAUUUUCCAUGUCACUUCUGAGCAGGGAUUGGCAAAAAUGACAAAAUACAAUAACAAAGUACCAUAAAGAUCAAUGUAUCAAAAUAAACCACAAAAUACUUACAUUUUGAAAUGUAUUUAAUUAAAAUACAUGUAUUUUGUAUUUUAUAAUACAGAAGCACUUAGCUGGCCCGAACAGCAACAACAUUCUCAGUAACGGUUACAGAAAUGUUUUACUUGCUAUAACUGUGAUAUGUGGAUAUUAAUUUGCACUGACUGUAUGUCACUCUGGAUAAGAGUGUCUGCUAAAUAACCAAAAUGUAAAUGUAUAUAUGAAAAUGAACAUACCAAAAUGAACUGCAAAGCACACUGGGUAUUAUUAUUGGCCAUGUUUCAGGGUCACGUCUAGAUAGGAUACAGCUUAACCUAAUUCUCCUAACCUGCUACGUUAAUUCUCCUAACCUGCUACGUAAAUUCUCCUAACCUGCUACAUUAAUUCUCCUAACCUGCUACGUUAAUUCUCCUAACCUGCUACGUUAAUUCUCCUAACCUGCUUGCGUAAAUUCUCCAAACCUUCUAUGUUAAUUCUCCUAACCUAAUUGCGUAAAUUCUCCAAACCUGCUACGUUAAUUCUCCUAACCUGCUACGUUAAUUCUCCUAACCUGCUACGUUAAUUCUCCUAACCUCCUUACCUAAAUUCUC